CUCCGAAGGUCUUCAAAUCUCUCUCUCUCUCUCUCUCUCUCUCUCUCUCUCUCGCUCGCUCGCUCGCUCGCUCGCUCUCUAUCCGUCUCGUAUCAUUCUCGUCGUCGACAUCAGAAUUCCUAAGCCGAAUCAGGUAUAGUGUAAAGAAGAGAAGCAAGAAUGGUGGGAAGUGGUGCUCCACAGAGAGGAAGUGCAGCUGCAACUGCAAGCAUGCGUAGGAGGAAGCCAGGUGGCGGUGCUAGUGGAGGAGGAGCCUCUGGUGGUGCAGCAGGAUCAAUGCUUCAGUUCUACACCGAUGAUGCACCCGGUCUCAAGAUCUCCCCUAAUGUCGUCCUUAUCAUGAGCAUCGGUUUCAUUGCUUUCGUCGCUGUCCUUCAUGUCAUGGGCAAGCUCUACUUUGUCAAGUGAGUGAGAAAGAGAUUAUUGUUUGAAGCAACAAAAACGACCCCUAAGUGAACCCUAGUGAUCAAAAUAUUAGACAGUGGUUUCAGUUAAUGUUUUAAUUUUGUUGUUUAUUACCUGAGUAUAAACGAUCUCAACCAUUCCAGUUUCUUGACAUUCAAAGUUUCAAUAUUCUUCACACAAGUUAUAGCCA